GUUCCAAACUUCUCUAUUGUAGCAGAUCAGGAUGCUGCGUUCACGGUAUCGCUCGGAAAUCACGUAGAAAUAUGUUGAAGUGAAAACUGCUCAAACUGAGGUGUUACUUAAACUUUAAGUUAAAGUUAGAUUAAGUUAAAGGAGAAGAUGUUUUACAGUUUGAGUCUCUGAAUCUCACGUGAAUCCAGAUUAUACUUUCAUCUGUUGAACUUCAAUGACCUCAGAGAGCUUUAAUGACCAACCAAGUAUUUCUGAUCACAGGUGAACUUUUCAAAGAUUCAGAGCAGAGAAGACGGACAGGUGAGUUUGGACCACAGGUGUUUGUUUCAAUAAAACCAGUAAAUCUAGGAAUGGAUCGAAAAACCUGUUUGGUCAAACGGAUCAGAAGCAGAACCGCAGCUUUGUUAGGAUUUAUGUUAUGAAAACAGCUGAUUCUGAUUAGGUAUGUUAAACUAUACAUUUUUCUGCCGUUUUUCAAUCAUUAUAUUUAAACUUAAUUUUAACUCUUUAAGAGGGAAUAAAAAACUAAACAGGAAAAUCUGUUUCUGAUGAUCUCGAUGUAGCUGGGAUUUCCGACGGUUCCUGAAGUUCACACUUCGCUGCUCUAAUCUCAAACACGGGAUUCCUUUUGCUCAGAGACCAGACUGCCUCCUCCGAUCCUGCCAGCUGGCCUCAAACGCACCACUGAUGCGUUAGGGUUCAAAGUCCUGCUUUGUGCUCAUAAUCGGACUAAUGUGUUGAUCCGAUCAGCCGCGUGGCGGACACGGAUCAGCAGAAAACGGGAAAUCACUUCAAGACACGGAAAGGCUGCAGUUUCUUUCUGCUGAGUCACUGCUGACGUCGCAUGUCCGCAUGACUCAUCAGAAAUAACGCUCAUUCUUCAUCGGAGCGUGAAAGUGGAGAGAAAAUAAAUUCAGUAACAUAACAGUAAACAUUUAUUAUGAGGUCGGGGGGGGGGACCCCUCCCUCCCAGCAUCACCCCAAUAUCAAGCGGAGGGGGGCUCUGCUGCUGGAAACUGGAGACGCAUGUCAGAAGUUUUGAAUGAAGUCAUACAGAAACUAGAUGAAGGCAGAAGCCGACCCCCCCCCCCCCCCCCCCCCCCCCCCCAGGAGGAGCAGAAGACGGUUCUCUGGGUGGGGGUGUCAGGAGAACGUUGGGAAGGACUGUCAUCGUCUUUUCUCCUCCACUCAGACAGACAUGCUGGCAGAGCUGCUGGUUGCCGUGGUGACAGCUGGACUGGUCCUCUUCCUGGUUCAGAGGAGCAGGAACCCGGUUCUGAAGGCAGAAGAUGGCUGGUGGGGGCCCGGAGUGGCCCCCCAUGCAGAGGAGGACGUCUCCUUACGUCCUUUUGAAGUCAGGACGAGUGAAGAAGAGCUGGAGGACCUCUACAGCAGGAUGGACCGAACCCGUCCGGUUCCGUCUGUAGAGGACAGUCGGUUCCACUACGGCUUCAACUCCCAGCACCUCCAGGACGUGGUCUCCUACUGGAGGAAGGACUUUGACUGGAGGAGACAAGUCCACGGGCUGAACCGCUACCCGCACUUCAGGACCAGGAUUGAAGGCAUUGACGUGCACUAUGUGCACGUGAAGCCCAGGAGGGUGGCAGAGGGAGCGCCGGCACUUCCCAUCAUCCUGGUUCACGGCUGGCCCGGCUCCUUCUACGAGUUCUACAGGCUGAUCCCGCUGCUGACAGAACCGGAGAACCCGGAGGAGCCGGUCUUUGAGGUGGUGUGUCCGUCCAUCCCGGGUUACGGCUUCUCUGAGGCGCCGCACAAGAGAGGGUUCAAUUCCGUCUGUGCAGCAAACGUCUUCCAGAAGCUGAUGAAGCGUCUGGGCUUCCAAACGUUCUUUGCUCAUGGGGGGGACUGGGGAUGGCAGAUCACCACCAACAUGGCUCAGCUGGACCCCGGGAGUGUCAGAGGCCUUCAUUUGAGCUUCGCCCCCCCGUCUAAACCCGGGCUGCUGGUGGCUCUGUCCCUCAUGCUUGGCCGACUCUUCCCGACGCUCUUCGGGUUCACGGAGGCCGACCGGCGGCUGCUGUAUCCGUGCACAGAGAAGCUGCUGCUGGAGUCCAUGAAGGAGUCCGGAUACCUGCACAUCCAGGCCACCAAACCGGACACUGCCGGUCGAGCGCUGAACGACUCUCCCGUGGGUCUGGCCGCCUACAUCCUGGAAAAGUUCUCCACAUGGACGAACCAGAACUUCAGGGACCUGGAGGAUGGAGGCCUGACCAGGAAGUUCUCCCUGGACGACUUGCUGACCAACGUGAUGAUCUACUGGACGUCUGGAUGCAUCACCUCCUCCAUGAGGUUCUACAAGGAAAACUUUGGCAAAGGUCUGGACCAGCCCCAUUCCAGGAUCCCGGUGAACGUUCCCACCGGUUUCGCCUGCUUCCCCAACGACGUAAUGCACUCCCCGAAGCUGUGGGUCAAACAGAAGUACAGGAACCUGAUCCGCUACACCCCCAUGCCACGUGGGGGGCACUUUGCUGCCAUGGAGGAGCCCCAGCUGAUGGCGGAGGACAUCCAGGAGUUCACAAAGACCGUCGAGAAAAUGAUCAAGCUGUAGGGGGAGGGGGGGUUAGAAUGGAGGUGGGGGUAUCAUAGU